AACUAAAACAAAACACACACACACACACACAUACACAAAGGGAAAACAAAGAACAAAAAAGAGAUGGUGAGGCCACCUUCUAUCGACCGCAAUGGAAUGAAGAAGGGUGCUUGGAGUCAAGACGAGGAUGAAAAGUUGAAGACUUACAUCGAGAAAUACGGCCACUGGAAUUGGAGAUUGCUCCCCAGAUACGCCGGCCUAAAGAGAUGUGGGAAGAGCUGCAGAUUGCGAUGGGUGAAUUACUUGAAACCGGGACUCAAGAGGGGAAAUUUCAGCGAGGAAGAACAACGGCUCGUUGUUGAAUUGCACGCGGAGCUCGGAAACAAGUGGUCUGCCAUCGCAGCAAAGCUGCCCGGCAGAACAGACAACGAGAUCAAGAACUUCUGGCACACACAUCUCGAGAAACGGCGCAAUCCAAAUCGCGCAUCCCAAAUCGCUACAAACCCUAUGAAUACAAACACAAUUUCUAUCAUAGAAAAAACAGAUUCCUCGGAAAUUACUUCCCUCUCAACGAAUUCAUCGCAAGACGAUCUUGAAUCGUUGUUGUCCAGUAUACUCGAGGCGGAUUUCGGAUCAUCCUAUGGAAGCUUCUGGAAUGAGCCCUCCAAUGCUUCGAAUUCGGAGAGUGAGAGUAGUAGUUAUAAUCUUGGAUAUGAUCCUCUACUUCAGUGUUUUGACUACGAGACGAGUCUCUUUUGGUAGCAGACGAGGAGCGAGGUUUACUCGGAGCGAAUUUUAAGGGACAGAGAGAAUAUGUAUGUUGUUGUGUAUAAAUAAUACUACUUGCAUACCAUAGUAUAUGGGAGUUUUGUAUGUCCAAUGUUACUAAGAGUUAUAAAUAAUCAAGUGAUUAUGAUGUUUAAUUGUAAUUGGAAAAAAAAUGAAAUUAAAUGAAAAUUUGGGA